AUGGAGUACUUUCAAGUAUUGGGACUUGACCCGAGUGGUGUAUACAGUGCGGUGGAGGUACGAAGGGCGUACAGGAAGAAGUCUUUACAAACUCAUCCCGACCGGGUGGGGGGAAAUUCCAGUUUGUUUACCCAGGUUCAAGAGGCUUACGAAUAUGUUCUUUCAAAUCUGCCAACCACACCGUGUGGUGCAGCCGCCAGUCCCUAUGCCCCAAAACAUUUUGGAGAUCCCAUCUGGCAACGGAAAAAGAGACUAGCUAAAGAGCUAAAGGCCAAGGAAGCAAGAAGCGUCGAAACCCAGAGGGCCACAGAACACCUUUCACGAACCUUCCGAGCCAACACUGAAGGUAACCUGCGCUCUCGCAACACACGCAAUGUCAAUGACCACAAUGUCAAUGACCACAAUGUCAAUGACCAGAAUACCACUCGCUCGUCGGGCACCUAUUGGAACGCCUACUGGGCCCAAGAAGAACGUCGACAAGCACGCUCCAAACCAUAUGUUGAAGACUUCUCGGAUGAGGAUCAGGCCUCAUUUGCGAACAUGUUAUCGAAGUUGAAACCAAAAAAGACUUACCCGUCCAACUGUGGUUCUGAUAGCGGUGAUGAUAGUCCCAGGGCAGCCGCCAGUCCCAGGACAGCCGCCAGUCCCAGGACAAAACCUGAGGAGGAUCAGAAAGACUUGCAACACGACCGGCCACGUCAAUUCCGUCGGCGAGGGAACUUUAUUCAACCGGGAAAUUAG